CCAAGCUUCAUGGAAGACAAUUUUUCCACCCCCGGGGCCGGGGGUGAUAGAGCUCUGCAGCCUGGUCCUUACAGGCUGCAGGCGGGUAGCAGGGGUUUGGGGACCGGAGCCGCAUUGGGUAAGACUAAUUCCAGCAUCAGGGAAAAAGAGCUCUUUUUCACUUAUCAGACUUUUUUCUUUUUUACAUUUUAUUUUCCACCAGCUGCAAACCAAGUCUGCCUUAUCCGUGGUGAUAACCAUAUUAAUAAUGAUGAGAAUAAUUCACUUUCAUGGGAUCCUUUUUGUAUCUACAUAACAUAUUAAGUCUUUCACAAAUGCUGUUUAAUGCUAACAGCCUACAACAUAGUUAUUAUAUUUAUGCCCGUUUUUCAGACGAAGAAGCAAUGGAUUGGAUAGUUUCUUGACCAAGGUAACAUGGUUAAUAAAUGACAGUGCUAAAGGAUUCAAGCCUAGAAUUGUUGAAUUCCCAGGGCCUGAGCCGUUGACCAUGUAGUGUGAAAACUGUAUUUCUUUAAAAAACAAGGCCUUAAAAAAUCUCGUCCGCAUUCCAUUUAUAGCUCUGUGUUGCCACUCUCUGCCAUUGCCAUCUGCCUUUUCCUUGAGCACCGCUGACCAAUUGAGUGUUCCCAGAUCUGUGACAACUGCCGGUUUUGCUACGUACUGUUCCUUGGGUUUGAGAAUGUUGCUCUCUCCUUCAAGGUGAACUCCCACUCACAAUUUUCAAGCCUCAGUUCGGAUGUCAAACAAUUCUGUGUGAAGCCUUAACUGAGCUCCCACGUCAGUUAAUUGCCUUUUCUCUGUGUUCUUACAGCACUUGGUAAAUAUCUCGAUCACAGCGUUCAUCUCUUGAUAGCUAGUAACUUUUGAUGGUUUAAUUGACAUCUGUGAGCCUCGGCUUCCUCACCUACAAAAAUAAAGAUAUGAACAGUGAUGGUACAUAUUUUGGUGAGGGGUUGCUGCGUGGACUGUGGAUUGAAUAAACUGUAUCCAUCCCCAACAUGAUGUACAACACCCAGGCUCUUCAUUGACAGAUAAGGAAAAGCAAUCAAACCCACAGAUAAACAGACACCGGCCUGUUCCUCACUGCUUGCCAACCUCACUCUUCACUAAGCACUGAGAAAUGUCGACUUGGACAGGGUGGCGCGCCAGCACUCCCAGCAGCACUUUUGUGGUGGCAUAGCACCUGGCUUCCUCCUACAAGGAAAGUUCAACAAACAGCACAGUCUUUGAUACAUUAGAUUGGUUUGAUGAUCCUACCUGGAACAGACUAUGUCAGAGAGUCACAAUGACCUUGCACAAUAACAGUACAACCUCGCCUUUGUUUCCAAACAUCAGCUCUUCCUGGCUGCACGGCCCCUCCGAUGCAGGGCUGCCACCAGGGACAGCCACUCAUUUUGGCAGCUACAACGCUUCUCUAGCAGCUGGGAAUUUCUCCUCCCCAAAUGGCACCGCCGAUGACCCUCUGGGAGGUCACACCAUCUGGCAGGUGGUCUUCAUCGCGUUCUUAACGGGCAUCCUGGCCCUGGUGACCAUCAUUGGCAACAUCCUAGUGAUAGUAUCAUUUAAGGUCAACAAGCAGCUGAAGACAGUCAACAACUACUUCCUGCUAAGCCUGGCUUGUGCCGAUCUGAUUAUAGGUGUCAUUUCGAUGAAUCUGUUUACUACCUACAUCAUCAUGAAUCGAUGGGCUUUGGGGAACUUGGCCUGUGACCUCUGGCUUUCCAUUGACUAUGUGGCCAGCAAUGCCUCCGUCAUGAACCUCCUGGUCAUUAGCUUUGACAGGUACUUUUCCAUCACGAGGCCACUCACCUACCGAGCCAAACGAACAACAAAGAGAGCCGGUGUGAUGAUCGGUCUGGCUUGGGUCAUCUCCUUUGUCCUGUGGGCUCCUGCCAUCCUGUUCUGGCAGUACUUCGUAGGGAAGAGGACUGUGCCCCCCGGGGAGUGCUUCAUUCAGUUCCUCAGCGAGCCCACCAUUACCUUUGGCACGGCCAUCGCUGCUUUUUAUAUGCCUGUCACCAUUAUGACUAUUUUGUACUGGAGGAUCUAUAAGGAAACCGAAAAACGUACCAAAGAGCUUGCCGGCCUGCAAGCCUCUGGGACAGAAGCAGAGGCGGAAAACUUUGUCCACCCCACGGGCAGUUCUCGAAGCUGCAGCAGUUACGAACUGCAACAGCAGAGCGUGAAACGCUCCGCCAGGAGGAAGUACGGCCGCUGCCACUUCUGGUUCACAACCAAGAGCUGGAAGCCCAGCGCCGAGCAGAUGGACCAAGACCACAGCAGCAGCGACAGCUGGAACAACAACGACGCUGCCGCCUCCCUGGAAAACUCCGCCUCCUCCGACGAGGAGGACAUUGGCUCGGAGACCAGAGCCAUCUACUCCAUCGUGCUCAAGCUUCCAGGGCACAGCACCAUCCUCAACUCCACCAAACUGCCCUCCUCAGACAACCUGCAGGUGCCCGAGGAAGAGCUGGGCAUGGUGGACUUGGAGAGGAAAGCCAGCAAGCUGCAGGCCCAGAAGAGCGUGGACGAUGGGGGCAGUUUCCCAAAAAGCUUCUCCAAGCUUCCCAUCCAGCUAGAGUCAGCCGUGGACACAGCCAAGACCUCUGACAUCAACUCCUCAGUGGGCAAGACCGCGGCCACUCUACCUCUGUCCUUCAAGGAAGCCACGCUGGCCAAGAGGUUUGCUCUGAAGACCAGAAGUCAGAUCACCAAGCGCAAAAGGAUGUCCCUCAUCAAGGAGAAGAAGGCGGCCCAGACCCUCAGCGCCAUCUUGCUUGCCUUCAUCGUCACCUGGACCCCCUACAACAUCAUGGUUCUGGUGAACACUUUUUGUGACAGCUGCAUCCCCAAAACCUAUUGGAAUCUGGGCUACUGGCUGUGCUACAUCAACAGCACCGUGAACCCCGUGUGCUAUGCCCUGUGCAACAAAACAUUCAGAACCACUUUCAAGAUGCUGCUGCUUUGCCAGUGUGACAAAAAAAAGAGGCGCAAGCAACAGUACCAGCAAAGACAGUCGGUCAUUUUCCACAAGCGCGUGCCUGAGCAGGCCUUGUAGGGUGAAGGUUUAUCCAUAGCAGUGACAAAAACGCACACAUCAACCCACAAACCUUAGGAGGAGGAGGAGGAGGAGGAGGAGGAGGAGGAAGGUGAGGGUGGGGGUGAUUCCUGGUGAUGAUAAAAAUGUUUUUUAUCACCCAGAUUUGAAAGAAGCUGCCUGUUUACUGAUCCAUUGAAUAAACCCAUUUUAAUAUAAAAAGUCAAAUACCAAUUCAGCAAAAAAAAAAAAGCAUACUACUGAAUAUAAAGAAAUAUAUUCUGAAAUAGACUUUAAGUGUUUUUUUUUUCUUAAAGAAGAAAAAAAAAUAUUGCUUCACAGCAAUUAUACACCCAAAUUGAUUAGCCUGGGUCUUUUAAUUCCCAUUAGCUUUGGAACCUCAGAUGAGCGUAGCUGGCCCAGUUGCCACGUUGUUCCCAAGGAUUCCAGCGUUGUUGAUCCAGACCCCACGUGCAACGCAGCAGCUAGUGAAUCUGCGGUUCUGAAAUUAUUUCAUACCUUGCAAAGCUGAAAUCUUCUUGUCCCAAUAGAGCUUCCUGUCUUCUCUUUGGUGUGUUUGUUAAACUCUAUUUGUGGACUUGAUUCUUGAUUCUUGCAAAGUAUUGUUUUGUGCAGUUCAAGUUUCGUACAAAUAAAAAUACAUAAGUAUAUAUAUAUGUGUGAGUUCCGCACGCACGCACACACUGUAUAUAAUAUAACGGGAAACACUGAACUGGCCAAUUACUCCUGCAAUAGACACUUUCAGUACUUUGGUCACUGAAGUUCUCUAGGAUCCUAACACAACCUAAAAGUGAAAUACGCCCAGUUUAAUGGUUUUGAAACUGGAGCUGUUUUCCACAAACCACCCUUGAAGAAUAUUGGGUAGAGAGCAGCCAGGCCUUCCCGGCAGGUCUGGCUUGGCCAGACUUCGAGUGUCAGCAGUCUCCUUUGUUGGCAUCUCUCUCAACAGAGCUAAAUCAGGGCCCCUCUGAGCUCAAAAGAAUGAGCCACACCCACAUGUUUGAAUUUAAUCAUCCAGAUCUGAAUGUGUCAAAGCAAAAUUUCUGCCAUCUAAACUGCUUGAUACUCAAUAGUAGUGUCACCUUUGAAUGUCUCAUGCAGAAAUAUAUUAUAUAUAUAUAU